UGCCUCCCUCGACUACCAAUCCUGCCACAGCCCAUGAUCACCCCAGCAGCACCGGUCUAGGUCUCUCUAGGCCACUCUGCUCUCCAUUCGAUUGAGCACCUGCUCUGUCUCACCACCCUCACCCUCAUCAUCAACCGCCACACGGCCGUCCAGGCUCUUGCGCACUUUGGAUUGCGCACUGGGGGAAGACAGAAGCGGCUCAGAAGGGCCAUAUGGCGUCGACCGAGAGAGCUGGCUGUCGCCCAUGUUUUUUGCCAAGGGGGAGGUGAAGAAGUCGGCCGUGUUGUCUCGGGAGUGGCGCUGCGCAUGGUGGUCUGCCCCUCCUUGGUAGCUGCCGUCCAUUACUGUGAUCCCUGGUGGAAAGAGAGAGACAUACGGAGAUGAGAAUGUGUCUGCACUGAAGGUGGUUGCGUGAUUCAUCGACCUGUCCUGACGGAUAUCUCGCUCAUCCGCUUGAUUCGAUUCAGGUCGGUCAUGACCCUCGUCACGAUGUCGCUGCUCAGCUGUCGGUUUUCGCGCGUAUCCCGCAGGACAUGCGUCUUGAGCUUGUGUCCCAGCAGCGUCCCUUCCUCACCAGGUGUGACGGUCCACCGCCGGUCGGACACAGACACAAUGUCGUCCCUCUCCGUCUUUAUCUUUGACACGAAAUACUCCAGCCCGUCCUCACUCUCAUCAUCUCCCCCCACAGACAAUGUCAUGCCCAGUGCUUUCGGUGGGGCCGACUUGCGUCUCGGCGCCACCGACGAGAUUGAGCUGAGGGGUAUGAGGGGGAUGCCACCCUCGAUGCCGUCGAAGAGGUCCUCGGCCAUCUGCCGCUCCGACAGCUUGCAGAUGAGCCAGUCGUCCGCCAGGGGCUUCUCCUUGGUUUCUUUCUGGACAGGCAGGGGCAGUGGCACAGGGAGGGGGAGCGACUCCAGGAGGUUUGAUGGCGUGGGCGGAGCUGGAUUGGCGGGCGUCUGGGGCGUGAGGGGAGGCGUCGGUAACUUCUCGGCGGCAAGUGCAGGGUCGGUGACCACCGAAGGGAGCUGAGCUUCGGCCGGCACUGCUGGGUCCGGGGGAGGCAGGUGUGCCGGGGCGGCCUCUCUGCUGGCUUCCUUCUUCUUCUCUGCGGCCUUCUUGCGCCGCCACAUCAGAAAAACCCCGGCGGACCCGCGCGA